UUUCUUAAACUAGUUUUCAUGUUGGACAGCUAUGUAGAUAGCACUUACUUUACUACUCCAUCUUCUGACCUUUGACAUGUAAUAUAAUGGUUUAAAAAAAAGCAACAGAUGUUAAAACUGGCUGAUGCAAUGACUAGUGGCUCAGGGGGAAAACACUAGUCACAGUGGAGUAAGGGGGGGAUAGCAAGCAAGCCUAGUUUAUGGAGAAAAAUGUUACUUUGGUUCACACAUUGUUGGAAUGUAGCUGUCAAAACAACGAUUCAGUGACGUGGCCCAAUCAGAAGUGUGUAUUCAAUUCUUGGCCAGCCCAUAAUCCUUAGCUGCUGCAGUAUCCAUAGAAACAAACAUGACCAUUCUUUCAGUGCUUGGCGAAGAAACAACGUAAAUCUAUGGACACACACUAACUUGUGUGUUGCAAGACUGCAUUGCCGUCUGUUUUCUCUCUUUUUGUUGCGAAGUGUCUUCGGGAAAUGGACCAAUAUAGUAUUUUGGGACGAAUUGGUGAGGGAGCCCACGGUAUUGUGUUCAAAGCGAAACAUAUCGAGACUGGAGAGACGGUAGCACUGAAGAAGGUGGCUUUGAGGAAGCUUGAAGAUGGAAUACCUAAUCAAGCACUUCGAGAGAUCAAAGCUCUCCAAGAAAUAGAAGACAACCAAUAUGUUGUGAAGUUGAAAGACGUGUUUCCCCACGGCACAGGCUUUGUGCUCGUGUUUGAGUACAUGUUAUCCGACCUGUCCGAAGUUAUCCGAAACUCACAGAGGCCUCUCACCGAAUGCCAGGUCAAGGGAUACAUGAUGAUGCUGCUGAAGGGGCUGGCAUUCUGCCAUGAGAACUCCAUCAUGCACCGUGAUUUAAAGCCAGCCAACCUAUUAAUCAGCUCAACUGGCCAUUUGAAAAUCGCUGACUUUGGCCUAGCCAGACUCUUCUCUAAUGAGGGAGAGAGGCUUUACAGUCAUCAAGUGGCUACAAGGUGGUAUAGAGCACCAGAACUUCUCUAUGGGGCCAGGAAAUAUGAUGAAGGUGUGGACCUUUGGGCGGUCGGUUGUAUUUUUGGGGAACUGCUGAACAACUCCCCGUUGUUUCCUGGAGAGAAUGACAUAGAGCAGCUAUGCUGUGUGCUGCGGGUCCUUGGAACUCCCAACCAGCGCGUCUGGCCGGAGAUCACUGAACUGCCGGACUACAACAAGAUCACCUUCAAAGAGAACCCUCCGAUCCCUCUGGAGGAGAUCGUCCCAGACACCUCCCCUCAGGCCGUGGACCUGCUCAAGAAGUUCCUGGUCUACCCGUCCAAGCAGAGGAUAAGUGCCAGACAGGCACUGCUGCACCCCUACUUCUUCACGGACCCCCUCCCUGCCCAUCAUUCGGAGCUGCCCAUUCCGCAGCGCGGGGCGAAGCACUCCCAUCAGCGCCUGCAGCCCCCCCAUGAGUUCUGCAUAGAUCGACCCCUGCACGAAAGCUUGGUAGAUCCCGCUCUCAUUCAGGGAUAUACACAGUGACAAUCAUCAUGCUCUUACAAUGUAAACGCUACUAUUUAUUGUUUGCUUUCGUAUGAGCCACUUUGACUUUUUUCAAUUGGUUUACCUGUUGCCAUCACCAUCAGUGACCCCGUGGAAUAUACAAAGCAGUGAGGCCUCUUCGUAGUAGGCUGUUGCUGUUUCCAGGCCGGCCAACAGUGCUGGUAGACUACCCAUUCUUACAUCAGUUAGGUUCAGAGUGCUAACUUGCCAACCACUUAUAUUAUAUUCCUACUGGGUUGGUUGCAUAUUAGGAUGAACCAGCUGAAAAAAAGAGUCUAGUCUGCACAGUUCGCAGAGAAAUCUCACAUAUUUUUCUGUUUGAAUCGCAAACCUUUUUGGUUUGAACACUUAAGUGGGUUAUAAGUGCGGGGACGGGAACCGGCAUGGUUUUCUGUCGGCCAAACACACCAUGUGAGGCGUCACACAUCCAGCCAUUCAGCUGAAAUUCUGUUUGUUUGUUAACAGAUUCCCAGAAUAUCCAUUUUUGCUAAUGUGCAGUGGGCAAGUUCAACUUCAGGAAAUUUGGCCGAUGCUUCCACAUGUGUUUGAGCGAGAGAUAAGAGAAGGUGGUUUUGGAUGGGAGAGAUGGUGCCUGUCGUGCAUGUCCAAGAUAAGGCUCUUUCAUGGAAGUUCCCCCAGGUUAACAGUUAUCCUGGAACAGGCGAAAUUUGACCCAGAUAAUCUGUUGGAUUAAAUAAAUAUGGCCUUUUUAUUUAUGAACUUGUGUGCUGAAAAAAGUAACUGAAUUAUGAGAUGUUGUUACCAUCAUAAUAACUAUAAUAGUGUACAUAUGUAUAUAAACUACCUCAUCAUUAAAUCAAAUGUUUAUUAUGAGGCUUUUGA